AUGCGUUUAUUACGAGACCUUACAAAUAUUACAUUCCUGGAGCUGGACGUGACUUCCACCAAAAGCAUUGCUUCAGCGUACAGGACCGUGGAGAAUCAAACUGGCGGCAAGCUACACUAUCUGGUCAACAACUCCGGUGCAGGGUUCGUGAUGCCACUCUUGGACUCUGAUAUCGAAAUGGGACAGCACUUGUUUGAUGUCAAUGUUUGGGGUGUUGUACGUGUCACGCAGACUUUCGCGCCGCUGCUAGUCCGUGCCAAAGGGACAAUUGUGAACAACAUAUCGACAGCCUCUUGCAUGGGAUUACCAUAUCAAGGCAUGUACUGUGGAUCCAAAGCUGCGACGCGGCUCAUGAGCGAAACAUUGGCGUUGGAAAUGAAGCCACUCGGAGUCGCGGUAGUCAUCGUGAUUACGGGCAACAUCCGCACGCGCUACCAGGGGGGCUCUUACUUCUCUUCUAUCGCGGAGAGAAUUGGUGUAUAUGCAAGAGGAGAACAGGGCCACCCGCAAAUGGAAGCCAAUUUAUAUGCAACCAAAGUUGUGGGUGAUGUCCUCGGCGGUGCGGAAGGAACAAUAUGGCGUGGUGCGCAGUCAACAAUUGUCAAGUUUGCUUUAGCCAUGAUACCCACAUGGCUGAUGAAUCAACUUGCUGUGAAAGGGACGGGACUGGAUGUUAUGGAGAUAUAG